AUGAGCCCUGACGGCAAAAUCCACGAGUUGCUCAUACCAGCCAAUACAACCGCUACUCUAGUGGCACAUCCGGUCGCUUUUGAUAAUAUAACAGAUGGACCCUUCAUCCGCUUUGCGCCAACCAUUGAAGAAGGAGAACAGCAUUUGUGCCAUCAGUACAUGACAGACAUCACUUGUAAAGGAUAUCCGCUUUUCACAAUGAACUUUGGAUCGGCACUAGGCUUGAAAUACAUUCAUGAUAUUUGGUAUGAAGGGUUUCUGGUUAUAAGCGGCGGUACUUACGUUCAUUCACGAGCAAAAGUCACUUCGUUCAAUUGGUGUCCCGAUGAUCCGAGUCAAAUACACGGUUUUGUCGCCGACGCAAGCCCUGCUGGUCAAACAGCAAGGGGGAACGUGUUUUGCACUGCGGGGACGUUCAACAUUACACUUCGAGAAAUGGGGCCCAUGGGUCUUCUUGAUGGGAGACUUAUUGACGAUUUAGUUAGAAAACACACGAGAGUUUGUGUGACCACGGAAGAUUGCCAAAACUCGACCGACCCGAGACAUUGUCAAGAUGAUUUACUGAUGGAUAUUGUGCAAUAUUGCGAGAAGGACAACGAGCAUGCAUAUAAAUAUUCAUCGCAAUGUCAAACUUUGCUUCCGUUUUAUUUCAAUAAUCGACGUUCUACGUUAGAUGAAGCAAAUUGCACGAAAAGCACUCUAAAACAAACGAACCGCAUUAUCCAACAUUGUCAGAUGCAAGUAAAAUUUCCGCUAGUCAUCAUCACGUUCGCGGCACAAAAUGACUUUCCAUUACUUCUAGCUAUCCGACCGUUGAAGUGGAUUGAUCCUAAUGUCGAUUUUCGUUGGGCAAUGUUGGAGACACUAAAUGAGAAUCCAAAUGUUGACUAUCUCCUUCCAAUGAUCGUUGAGCCAUCAGAGAAACCCCUUUGGAUCGGUUUUUCCCUAAAUGCCGAAGAAACCUGGUUUACAAUAUUGGAGAAAUUACAUUCGGAACACAACGAUAAAAAUUGUUCCUAUGAGUUUUGGUAUGGAGCAGCUCCAAAUAAGUUAACGCCUACGACUGAAAACAGAAGAUUGCUUACAUUUAGAGACGAAGAACCUUUUUACGAACAAUAUCUAGACGCAAGUAUCUUCAGUGUCUUUAUACCACCGAAUUGUGCGCCGACGAUUUUCUUCCGAUCAAAUCGUGACUUAAUCCAAGGCAAUGAUACGACGAAGAGGCAAAGAAUUUGUUCCGGUAUUCACGCAUUUAUCAGUCGUCAUUUUGCUGGUUAUGGACGGGAAAUCGAAGAGGGAUACUUUCUCUCGAGAACAAUCUAUUGUGAUCCC